AUGCAAGCGUACGUAAUUUGUAUCGUAUAUUAUCCAUAUAAUUAUUAUAUUCCAAAGAUGGAUCAAUUUCGGAUAGAUGGGCAACGUGGAUUUCUGAGAGCAGAUGAUGUAUGUUUUUUUUUCGGAACAUUUAAUUGA